AUGAACCACGUUGGUCAGCCGAAAAUGUUGGUCGACACUGACGAAUUAAAGGCAAUUGUGGAGGCUGAUGAUUCUCAAACUACAGCUGAAUUAGCAGCAGCUUUCGAAGUUAGCACUAAAACAAUAUUGGUCCAUUUGCGUCAAAUUGGCAAGGUAAAGAAGCUCGACAAAUGGUUGCCUCACGAAUUGAAUGAAUGCCAGCGCGAAAUACGCGUCUGUGUGUCUGUCGAGACGUGCCUUGCACUGCUCAACAGACACACAAACGAAGGCAUAUUGAAUCGCAUUGCCACUUGUGACGAAAAAUGGAUUCUAUUCGACGAUAAGUGCUCAGCUAGUUGGUUAGAUCCUGGUUCACUACCUAAAAAAUGCCCUAAACGAAAAAUUACCCCUAAGAAAGUGAUAGUAACUGUUUGGUGGUCUAGCGCCGGUGUAAUUCAUCAUAGCUUCUUACGAAACGGCAUGAACAUUACUGCAGAUAUGUACUGUGAAGAACUAAGCACAAUAAUGGGGAAGCUCGCACGUCUCCAACCAGCUUUGGUCAAUCGCUCGGGUCCGCUGCUCCUGCACGACAACGCGCGACCUCAUACUGCACAGCAAACGGUCUCCAGGUUACAAGAGCUGGGGUUUGAUAUUCUCCGUCAUCCACCGUACUCUCCAGAUCUUGCCGCUACAGACUUCCACUUUUUCCAGAAUUUGGAUAACUUUUUGGUGGGAAAAAAACAAUACCCGAGAAGCAGUACAAAAUACCUUUAA